AUGCUUCUGCACGCUCACCAGCAUGCCUUCACUCCCUUCCCACACCAGCCCUGUGCUUCAGGAAUCCCAGCCGCCCCAGUGGGAACUCAGGACUGUAAUGUAAGCGCAUUUAUCACACUUCUGCACCGAUAAUGUUUAAACCAUCUGUGUUCAUGUUUUGUUCUCCAAGGAUCGUGUUUUUAGUCGUUACCUUUUGCCUCACGCUGCAGGUCCACACACACCCUCACAGAGGAACGACCAGACCAUCGUUCGCUUCUGCCACGGCUUUCCACAGAGUCACACAGAAGUCCUGCGAGUCAAAAGUGAGUAUGAAAUGCAGCUUUUAAAACAAAAAAAUGUUUUUACAUCUUUUACUUCCUUAAAGUUCAGUUGGCAGCAAGUUUGCUGAAAUAUUUUCCCCUUUUUUCUUAAAGAGACGAGGGAGUUGGGGCGCGCUGCAUGUCUGUAUUGCAUGGAAGAUUUAUUAUAAUGAAAAACUGAAGGUAAAGAACAAAUACAUCAGUUUUUUAAAGUCUGAUUUAGCAGCCAUAUUAAUCGACUUGGUUGUGUGAUUUCAAACUAAUUUGUCUUUUACAAACUGAUCAGAAAAAACAGCAAACACUCGAGUAUCCGGCCUCUAUUCCACCUGAUCCAUCAGACCCGUCCUCCUUCAACCCCUCCUCGAAUCUUGGUGAGUUUAAGACUGUCCACGUACAAAAAACACUCUUAUCACCACUAUUGGAAAAUGUGUCCCAUUAUUAAGUCUGACCUACUUCUUAAUUUUCAGGCCCUCCAUGUGGAAACUUAAAAAGUCACCCCUUUGACCCCUCUCUGCCGUGCCACAGCGAUAUGUCCAAGACGGUGGAGCUGGACCAGCUCCAGCACCCACUCUGGAAGGAGAAACUUGAUGAGGAGAAACACAGGAGCCAACAAAUUAACAAAACAAAGGAUUUACCUCUUAAGGACAAAUCUCUGGAUCAGACGGUGACUGCUGGCAGGCUUGCCAACUCGACUGUCAGGAGGCGGCAGCUUGACUGCGACAGCUUCCUCGAUGUGAAGAGGGCGAAGAAGGAAGAGGUGAAGGACCACUUUGAGUCUUCACACAGAAAACCAAAUCCACAUGUUAGUGAUCUGCAUCCUAGCAGCAAUAGAUGUACGGUUACUCAAGCUUCUUCAGGAUUUAUUUCCCAUCCAGGAGCUGAACUACAUCCCUACCAGACAAUGUGGGACUUGAACAAAAGCAUGGCUCUCUACUGUAGCCAAAAUAUCCCAAAAGGCUACACUCCCAAAACCCACAAAGUGAUCACGAUACCUCCUGUACCACACAGACCUUUCUAUGCCUACUCUACCACACCUCUUUAUUUCCCACACCAGGACACUCUGUUCCACAGAGAGCGGGAGUUUCUCCACUCACAACAACAGCUCUGUCAUUUCCAGCGCUGUAGAUAUCAACUCACCCACCCCGGCUUUCUGCAGACACCCCACUUUGGACACUAA